AUGUACGAGGCGACGGGCGUCAACGAAUCGAUCUCUGAGCUCCAGAUGCCCUGUAAUAACGAUGCGGAAGACGGCGAAGAGAAAUUCUACAGAAUGGCCGGGCAGCGGUUCGAUGACGGGAUUUGGGAGAGCGGCCCGUACCCGAAGGAGUACGCCAAAUACGCCGAGGCUGAAGCCGAAGUUGAUGCCGAAGUUGAUGCCGAGGGCGAGGCUGAUGCCGAAGCUGACGCCAAGGUCGAUGCUGACGCCGAUGCGGAAGCCGAGGUGGACCCGGCUCGCGUUAGAGAAAUCCUCGCAGACGUCUCACCUUGGGAUGCGGCGGACGACAAUGCGUCCGAUGGCACGGAGUGGGCAAAUUUUGGGGAAGUUUUCACGACCCCAAUUGAUCCCUUCGCCCCCGUAACGGACACCUCGCCUUCGCAGCGGCAGCACUUCUUCGAUCAGCAGGAAGUCUUUACCCCUUUUUGGGGGUACGGCGAGGAGCGUGAAGAGCGUAAUGCUGAGGCCGGGGGCGCGGGCGCACUAGACCAGCCGAUGCGGUCGCUGAGCCUGGGCGAGUUCCAAGUGAAGCCGAUGGACGACGCCUCCACGGCGGAGCUCACCAAUAACCUGCUCACCGCCAUGAGCUCGAUGGCGCCCGACGUGAUCGCUGACAUUGUGAGCGCUAUGCCGCGUCCCGACGAGCCGACCGGGGACCCUGCCCCCAUGAGUGCCGCUCCCAUGAGUGCCGCCCCCAUGAGUGCCGCCCCCAUGAGUGCCGCCCCCAUGAGUGCCGCACCCAUGAGUUCCGUGCCCGCCGCCCCCGUAGACCCCGCCCCCGUGGAGCCUGCCCCCGUGGAGCCCGCCCCGGUGGACACCGCCCCCAAGGACCCCGCCCCCGUGGACCCUGCCCCCAUGGACACAAACCCCGAUGACUCCGCCCCCAAGGACCCCGCCCCCGCCCUAAGG